GAUGGAGUCUCAGGUGAAGCAUGCUAUUGUCGUCAAAGUUAUGGGGCGUACUGGAUCCAGAGGACAGGUGACCCAGGUCAGAGUGAAGUUUUUAGAUGAUCAGAACCGACACAUAAUGAGGAAUGUGAAAGGACCAGUGAGAGAGGGAGACAUUCUCACCCUACUUGAGUCUGAAAGGGAAGCGAGAAGGUUGCGCUAGAUGGUUUUUUGUUUUUUAGUUUGUCACAAGUUUAAUCAAAACAGCGAUUUUCUUCUUUAUUCUGGUAGUUAGUGGAUGCCAAAGGUUAUAGCACCCCUAUCUUGUUGUCUUGGUUCUAUUUUCAUUCGUAUUAUGACUUGAAUUUUGGAUGUUUUGAGUUUGAGCAUCAAGAUUGAAGUAUGCGUUUCGAUUAAUAUAUGAUUUGGCUUCUAUA